UUUUUGUACAUAAAUAUUACGGACAUUUUUGCUUACUAUCACUAUUUUCAGCAAAGUAUCUGUGGAAUAGGGAUGUAUUUCUUAGUACAGGUGCUUUGUAAAAUGGAGGGGGAGACAGUACAUUUUACCUAACGAUGCUGUGAAUGAGGUUUUCUUCUACUCUUGCAUGUUGCAUAAAACGUCUAUUCACUACGGGAAAUACAGCCCAAAAGGAAGCGCAAGGCAGGAUGAUGGGGUGUCCAACCCUGCCCUGUCCUUUGCGAGUUCAGGAGGUGAAGGGGUACGAGGGACGCACCAACGACGUCAUCUACUGCACACCUAAGAACAUGGAGCUGCCUCACUCUGCCGUUGUGUACUUUGGGGGAGAUGUCCAGGACUAUCCUGAAGUGAUGGAGAGCCACCGAGACAACAAGAACUACCUCAAAUGGAACUUGGAAAACACAGCUCUGAUCUUACAGACAUCAUUCCCAGAAUCUCACAUAGUUAUUGUGAAGCCUUCAAGAUACAUGUCACCCAAACUAGCCACGUUCAUGGGAAUUGUCUGCAAUGACUUGGACCACACCAGGAUGGAGUUCAAGACUUUUGCCUGCUAUGACAACUUUGUACCCUCCAACAGCUGUGGAGUGCCGGAGCACACACCAGACCACAGUGCACUGUUACAUCUGGAGAGGCUGUUGCAGAAUCUAUCCUCCCAGGUCAAAGACAUUGCCAAGACGGAGGCUAAGGAGGACACAGAAGAUAUCCAGUUCCCCUCCUUAGACAAGGUGGAAAUCCAGCUUGUGGGGUUCAGUAAAGGGUGUGUUGUCCUGAACCAGUUUCUAUAUGAGUUCCACUACUCCAAGACGCUUACGCCGGACGAUGACUCCAAGUGUCAGGUCGUACCUCACAUCACAGACAUGUAUUGGCUCGACGGAGGCCAUGCGGGGGGUAGAAACACUUGGAUCACAUCUAGGAAUCUAUUGGAGACUCUCACUAGGCUAGGAAUCAGAAGUCACAUUCACGUAACACCUUACCAAAUCAAUGAUGAUCGUAGACCGUGGAUUAGAAAAGAAGAAAAAAUGUUCAGCGAUCUGCUUCACAAGAUGGGUGCUGCCGUCGAGAGGACGGUGCACUUUGAAAACCAAGUUCCUUCACUAGAGACUCAUUUUACACUUAUUACAGAGUUUAAAAAGUCAUAACCGAAAAUACAUGGUAUAAACACUGUUUAAAACUAUCGCCAUGCCUUAUACAAUACUCUAUGUUGAAUUGACCACAGUAAUCGUCUUUGUUAAUUUAAAACACCUGUUAAGUGUAUUUGGGAUAUGUAAUUUCGUAAUGUUCUAUGUUACUUAACGAUUUGUACAUGUGUAUAUACAUCGUAUUUAAUAUUCUAAGUGAUGAAUUAGUAAUGAAACAAUGUUCAAAAAGGUUUUGCAUGUAACUUGAUUUACAAGUUUUCUGCUGCACAGUUUCAGUUGUUUUGGAAUUGAAGUGAUUGGAUUCUUACAUUGGAUUAUGUAUCAAAUUUUUUCUUUAAAAGCAAAACAAACAAAUUAUGUCCCAUUAAAAUUACAGGAUUAUUAAAAUACCUUUACAGUAGAACCUCUUUAAUCCGAACCCCUGUAAUCCGAACGUCCACUAAUCCGAACGCCUCAUUUCUGUACUCUAUACACAGUACAGUAGUUCUUUAUUGUAUAAUGUAUUUAUUGAUAUACGCACCAUAAUUAUUUUAAUUGUAAUAUACAGUACUGUUCGUACCCUAUGUUUACCACUGUAUUUAAUAAACACUGUAUUUUACUUUAUAAGGUAAUUUUCACUUUUCUCUAACUAUUGUUAUGUAAAAACAACAAUAUGUUCUGUAAUACGAACUAUUGAAUGGUCUGAACUACCCCCGGUCCCAAUUAGUUCGGAUUAAAGAGGUUUUACUGUAUUUUCAAGCUUUUCAAAUAUAAAUCAUUUGUUUCUAUCAAAGUUAAAAUGUGUUCAUCAUGUUGUGGUUUUACAUGUACGGUUGCAAUGGAAAAUGUGAAUGCACCAUUAGUGCAUUUAACCACUAUUGACUCAAAGAAAAAGACUUGAUUAGUAUUAAGCUAUAUAGAAGUGAAAAUGUCAUAUUUGUCUCAAUAUUUAUUGUAAUAGUUUAUAAUAUCUCUUGCUAUUUCACUUUUUUUAAACGACAAACAUUGCAUUUUAAAUUCAUUCUAUGUUUUGAGAAGAAAUAAGAUUUGUCUUAUCUAUUUAGGGAAUUUUUUUAAUGUACUAACUUUGUAUUGUUGUUUUGUUAAUCAAGUAAUUUUACAACUCUAGACAAAAGUUGUUACAACACCAAGUUUCACUACGAAACCAUAGAAAGUUAUCUUAGAAAAAAUCUUUUCAAUUGAUGAAUUUUUAGAACCAUCGAACGGGUUUGUGAUAUGGUUAAGUCAAUUUCUUAAGUUAAUUUUUACAAAACUUAUAUUUGAGGAGGGCAAAUACCUCUUGGAGUUAAAAUUUUUGUCUUGGAGGUCUCGGAAAGAAACAAAAAAUUAACUGAUAAGAAAGCUUUAUUAUUUUGAUUGGCUAUACCUUUGACUAUCAAUACACUUCUGUAUCCAAUAGUCAAUGGCUAUACCAAUCAAAUUUUCAAAUCAUCGAUUGAUUUACUGUCAUUAAAUAUGUAGUUAAUAUUAAAUUGUAGAUUUUGUAUGUGUCAUAUUUAUUUUGUCAAUUUAUUUGUAUAUGUUGAAAUACUGGUUCAGCUCUUUUAUAUUUUGUUGACGCUUUGAACAUUUGUUGUUACUUGUUAUUAAGUUAUUUAUUGUAACGCAAUUUUAUUGCAAUACCAAUAAAAUCGAAAUAAAUUCCUUUUUCAAUUUAA